AUGACAGAAAGACUUCUGGAAACUUUCCUGAGCUGCCAUGUUUGUUCAGAGACUUUCAGAGAUCCUGUGUCUCUGAGCUGCAAUCACAGCUUCUGUUCAAGCUGCCUGCAGAAAUUCUGGGAACAAACUGGAAACAAGAACUGUCCCAUCUGUAAAAGAAGAUCGUCAAAGGAUAAUCCAAUAGUAAACUUCACUCUGAAAGAACUGGCUGAUUCUUUUGCCGGAAGGCAAAAUAUAGGGUUACUAGAGACAGAAGGAGAAAAGCAGCCGAUGGUCUGCAGUAAACACCAAGAAGACCCUAAAUUGUUCUGUAAAGACGAGCAGAGAGCUGUGUGUCCUGUCUGUGAGUUUUCUCUCCACCAGAGUCACAAAGUGAUUCCUAUAGAACAAGCAGUCAGUGAGCUGAAGGAGCAGCUGAAAUCUGACUUAAACUCUCUGCAGGACAAGAGGAACAAACACAAUCAAGUGGAGGAAACAUACGAUGAUGUGAUUCAACACUCCAAGGAGCAGGUGUUGUCCACAGAGAGACAGAUCAGAGCAGAGUUCAACAAGCUCCACCAGUUCCUGAGAGAGGAAGAGGAGUCCAGACUGGCAGCUCUGAGGGAGGAAGAUGAACAGAAGAGGAAGACUAUCAUGAGAGAGAUGAAGGUGAUUGAGCAGCAGAUCUCCUCUCUAUCAGACAGCAUCUCUGCUGUUGAAGAAGAGCUGCAGAAAGACAACGUGUCGUUCCUCAGCAGUUAUGAAGCCACUCAGAGCAUAGCUAGAGGUCAGAGGUCACUGCCAGAUCCACAGCUGGUCUCAGGAGCUCUGAUAGAUGUGGCCAAACACCUGGGCAAUCUGUCCUUCAGAGUCUGGGAGAAGAUGAAGGACAAGGUCCACUUCAGUCCCAUCAUUCUGGACCCAAACACUGCAAGUGGAUGGCUCUAUCUGUCUGAUGAUCUGACCAGAGUGAGACGUGGAGAAACAAAGCAGCAACUUCCUGAUAAUCCAGAGAGAAACAUUAAGUAUACUGAGAUUUUUGGUUCUGAGGGCUUCAGCUCAGGGAAACACAGCUGGGAUGUGGAGGUGGGAGAUUAUCCUACUUGGCAUGUGGGUGUAGUUAAAGAAUCGGUCAACCGUAAGAAACGAGAGACACUUGCUUCACCAAAAAUUGGAAUCUGGAGUUUAUUGUAUAUAAAUGGAAACUACCAGACUGGUAGCAACAAGACUCUCACAGUGAAGAAGAGUCUCCAGAGGAUCAGAAUCCAGCUGGACUAUGACAUGGGGGAUGUGUCUUUCUUCGACUCUGAAGACAUGACUCAUAUUUACACUUAUAGAGACACUUUCACUGAGAAACUCUUUCCAUAUUUUACUGUUUUUAAAGCUGAGGAUGCCAAAUCCUCUGAUAUAAAAAUAUGUGAAACUGAGAUGAUCUUGAUACCUAAGUGACUAGUUUUACUAUGGUGAAAGUUUUAACAGCAUCAUUUUCCAAAUAACACUACUGCUGAUAAACUUAAAGUUAAUAAGCUGCAGGAAACUUAAUUUCAUUUUCACAUCAACAAACAUCCCAAAAAUUUAAACUUAAAAUUAUUUUAUCUUUGGCUUCAC